UCAGAUGAAUACCCCAACAGCACCCCCAUUCAACAUGAGUCCCUGGUUUAUGAGCACAAUUGAGCUUCUUCAAAUAAUAUUAGUCACUGUUACAUUUCCAUUUUACAUAUUUCUAUUGGCUUUCAUAAUUAGUGCACAGCUUCGGAACAUUGAUGAUUUGGCAACUCCGUUUUUUAAAUUAUGCAUUUCAUCGAGUUUUAUCGAUUUGACCACCCUGCUUACCAACUAUUUUGGAGCAAUGUUCCCUAAAUUUGGAUAUUUCUUCAAUUUCUACAUGGGCUUGGGACAAAUUUAUCCGCAUAUUUAUCUUUAUAUAGCUUGGAGUAUGGGAAUUUGUCAAGCUAUGUCAGUUUCUGUGCUGGCUACAAAUAGAUUAUCUGCAAUGAUUUUUCCGGAACAUUAUAGGAAGAUUUGGAAAUCCAAUAAGCUGUGGAUAGGUGUUGGAAUUCAAUUUCUCCCGGGAUUGGGUAUAGGAUGUUGCACAUUUUUCAAUACAACGGAAAUAUAUAUAAACGGAAACGGAGGAAUUAUUCCAAGAUUUAUUGACAAACAGAUGACAUCUACAUUUUUCAAAAUUGGCGGCUCUUUUCUAUUUCUCAACUGCCUCUACCUGAUAAUUGCCUAUUUUUAUUUAUUCUACUCGCUGAAAAAGCGAAAUUCCAGAAUUGCAAAUUUUCCCGUUUCAAAGUCGAAACAAAUUCAAAAAUUGCGAGAAAUUCGGCUAUUCAUCAUGAUUUCCAUCACCGUCGCAGUUCAACUAACAAUUUUAAUAUUUUUUUCGCUGAAGCUUUUGAAAUUUUUCGAGUUAAAUAUGGAAGAGUUUUACCUAUUCUAUAAUGCUUUGAGUGACCUAUUUGCAAGUAUAAAUCCGUAUUUGUUAUGGAUAUUUUCGGAUUCGCUGCGAAAAUAUGUAUAUUGGAAAAUGGGAAUUAAAAGUCCUGUUUCAAGUCAAAUAACUGUUGCUGGGUUUACAAUUCCGACUGUUGUAGUUUCGUGAUCACCGGCGAAAUCAAUGCUAUGUUAUUGAAAAUAAAAAAGAAUCGAAAGCUUUCAAAAUGAAUAUGAAACAGUCAAAGUAGAUGACAAUUUUUGUUGAAAUUUAAUAGUCCAAUAUUCUUUGAAAACUACUGAAAAUCGAGCUCUAAAACGUUUCGAUUAAUUGAAAAUAAGGUCGAUAUACGGCUAACUGGAUUUAAAAUUCAAUUUUUCCCGCGAAAAAGAUUAGGAAAAUAAUUGGAAAGUUUUGUUUCACGUCAAAGUCUUACAACAAGAGGAGGCUCACGAAUUAAAAUGUUGUUAAAAUUUCGUUUUCUUUUGUUUUUGGAGAUGUGUACUGAAUAAUGAUGAAUAAUAAAAAAUUGAAGUGAA